GGUAGGUGACGUUUACAGAAGGAUUUGGAUAUUUUACUAAAAUUCAUUUUCCAAUUGUCAUUGGAUAACCACAAGAAGCUGGAUAAUCUCUAGAUCCCAGUUUUCUUAGGACGGAUUUACUGUUUUUACAGUACAUGUUGCUGUAACGACUUGGCGCGAAUCAGGACAUUCUCAACAUGCAGCAACCAGUGAACGAAGAGGGCGCAGCCUAUUACGAGGCACCAGCUAAAAGUUACGACGACCUCUUUCCAGCCUUACCUGAGUCAUGUUUACCGCAACAGACCAACAAUGCCACUCCUCAAUGGGGCAAUAUUAACAAUAAGAUGAGAGUGAGCUCUUCAGUCAUUACACAAGUUUUCAGAGUACCAUUCGAAGAACGCAAACUCGAUGGGGGAUCAAAGUUUGGAGAAGGCGAAUCCGUUCAGACGUGCGGCAAUAUCAUGAAGGAGACUGGCGCUCACAUCGAAAUAUCCCACGCCAGAGACCAAUCUCUAACGUUUCUCGUGACUGGAAAGAAAAACGAAGUUCUCGAAGCAAGACGCAAAAUACUGACGCAUUUCCAAACACAGGCCCAUAAGAGCAUCCCAAUCCCCAAAGAGCACCACAAGUGGAUUUUGGGCAAGAAAGGCGAACGUUUGCGCGAAUUGGAAAAGAACACGGCCACCAAAAUAUCCGUGCCUAACAUGAACGACGAAUCGGACGUCAUCACCAUUACCGGGCCUAAGGAAGGAAUAGAGAAGGCCGAGCACGAGAUCAGAGUGACGUCGGACCAGCAGUCGAAAAAAGCCUCCGAACGACUAAACAUUCCGAAAAUCUACCACCCGUUCAUCGUGGGAGCGUUCAACGAAUCGCUGAACCGGCUGAUCAGCGAGACCGGUGCCAAGAUCAACGUGCCGCCGCAGUCCGUCAUGAAGGACGAGAUAUUUAUUGCUGGCGAUAAAGAGGGCGUGGCGGCCGCCAAGGCCAAGAUCGAGGAGGUGUACAAGUUGAUGGAGAAGAAAUGCGCGACGGUGUCGGUGGAAGUGCCGAAAACCCAGCACAAAUACGUCAUUGGGCCUAAACGUGCGACAAUAGCCGAAAUCCUUCAAAACACCGGCGUAAGCGUCGAGAUGCCAUCUAGCGAUUCUCCAACAGGUACGAUCACUUUGAGGGGACCCCAAGAUAAGCUAGGUCAAGCCCUUAGCGCCGUUUACGAAAAGGCCAACUCUGUGCGCUCUAGCGACGUAGCUGCGCCAUCCUGGUUGCAUAAGUACAUUAUCGGCAAGAAAGGACAAAGAAUCAAGGAAAUCACGCAAAACUUGCCAAAAGUACAUGUCGAAUUUACCGACAAAGAGGACAGGAUUAAGAUUGAGGGACCACCAGAAGAGGUUGAAAAGGCACAGGAACAAAUAGAAGCUAUCGCUAACGACCUAAUUCAGACCAUGUCUUUUGUGGAGCUGCAAGUAGAUAACAAGCUUUUCAAGCAUAUCAUUGGCAAAAGUGGAAGCAAUGUCAAUAAACUGAAAGACGAUUUUAACGUAGCCAUCAAUAUUGACGAAAGUGGAUUGGUCCGCAUAGAAGGAAACAGAGACGAUGUCGAAAAGACGAAGUUCGAAUUGGAGCAGAGAAUAUUCAAAUUAGAAAACGAAAAAGAAAGAGAUGUUAUCAUAGAGCAACGGCACUUCAGAAAUAUUAUUGGUACCAAGGGAGAGACUAUUAGGGAAAUCAAGAAUCAGUUUAAUCAAGUUCAAAUUACUUUCCCUAAUCCUGGAGAAAGAAAUGACAUUGUUAAAGUCAGAGGACCAAAAGAAGAUGUUGACAAAUGUGUGAGACAUUUGGAGAAGAAGGUUAAGGAGCUAAACGAAUCUUCAUAUCAAAUCCAAGUACCAAUUUAUAAGCAGUUCCACAAAUUUAUUAUUGGAAAAGGGGGUGCAAAUAUUAAAAAGAUCAGGGAGGAAACGAAUACAAGAAUUGAUUUGCCAGCUGAAGGUGAUAAAAGUGACAGCAUAGCAAUAACAGGAAAACGCGAAAACGUUGAGGAGGCGCGUAAAAAAAUCAAGGAAAUUCAAGACAAACUGGAACAUAUUGUUUCUGAGGAAAUUACUAUCGACCCUAAAUUUUACAAUUCACUCAUUGGCGCUAAAGGAAAACUAAUUCAUUCCAUUAUGGAAGAUUGUGGUGGGGUCACUAUUAAAUUUCCCGGUGCCGACGACAAAAGCGAUAAAGUCACUAUCCGUGGACCAAAGGAUGACGUCGAUAGAGCGAAAAGACAGUUACUUGAUUUGGCGAGUGAAAGACAACUUGCUAGCUAUACAGAUGAGGUGCGUGCCAAAGCCCAACAUCACAAAUUCCUUAUUGGUAAAAAUGGUGCCAAUAUUAAAAAAAUUCGUGAUUCAACUGGGGCACGAGUAAUAUUCCCAUCUAAUACUGAUGAUGAUAGGGAAGUAAUCACAAUCAUAGGUAGAAAAGAGGAUGUCAUAAACGCCAAACAACAACUCGAAGCCAUGAUUAAAGACAUAGACAACAUCAUCGAGGAUGAUAUAAAAGUUGAUCCUAAGCAUCACAAACACUUUGUUGCGAGACGUGGGGAAGUUCUUCAUAAAAUAAGCGACGACUGUGGUGGAGUCUUGAUAUCUUUCCCCAGAUCGGGAAUCGACAGUGAUAAAGUGACGCUUAAAGGAGCACGAGAGUGCAUUGAAGCAGCCAAACAGAGAAUCAAUGAGAUCAUAUCCGAUUUGGAAUCUAUGGUUACUAUCGAGUGCAUUAUUCCUCAGAAACAUCACAGAACUGUCAUGGGCACUAAGGGUUUCAGAGUACAAAAAGUCACGUCAGAUUUUGAUGUGCAAAUUAAGUUUCCCGAUAGAGACAAUACGAGCGAAUACCACUCAGAACUUACUAAUGGCGACGUUAAUGCCGAACCUAUUCGUCAGUGUGAUAUCAUAAGGAUUACUGGCAAAGACACAAAUUGUCUUCAAGCUAAACAAGCAUUGUUGGACUUGGUUCCUGUCACCAUUGAAGUGGAUGUUCCGUUUGAAAUGCACAGAUCAAUUAUUGGCGCAAAGGGACAGGCUGUCCGAGAGUUUAUGAACAGAUUUGACGUACAUAUUGUAUUGUCUUCUACGGAAAUCAAAGAGGAUAUUAUAAAAAUAACGGGAACUCCUGCCAACGUGCAAGACGCCAGAGAAGCGCUUUUGGAUCGCGUGAAAGAGCUCGAGGCAGAUAAGCAAGACAGAGUAUUGAGGUCGUUCGCUCUUCAAAUCGAAAUAAACCCCGACUACCAUUCCAAAGUUAUCGGAAAACAAGGCGCAGUGAUUACGAAAAUCAGGAAAGAUCACGAUGUACAGAUCAUUUUGCCCAAGAAAGGUGACGAGAACGAACAUAUUGUUACUAUUACCGGUUACGAGAACAACACCUACCGUGCCCGAGAUGAUAUACUGAAAAUCGUCCGAGAAUUGGACGAACAAGUGAAAGAGGAAUUCGAAAUCGAUGCUCGCGUCCAUUCUCGUCUGAUUGGUGGCGGUGGGCGCAACAUCAGAAGAAUUAUGGACGACUUUAAAGUCGACAUUAAAUUUCCGAGAAGCGAUUCGUCAAAUCCCAAUUUAGUAAUUGUUUCUGGCCAGGAAGAUAAUAUUAUCGAGGCUCGUGAUCAUUUGCUCAAUCUGGCUGAAGAAUAUCUUCAAGACAUGGAAGAAAUGGAAACCCGUCAGAAGCUGCGCACUCUGACGCUGAGUUUCGAUGCCAAUUCAAGUUCCUCUCCCGCUCCCAACGGUACCGAGCCAGGUAACGGCUUCGUGGUGCAAGGAGGUCCCUGGGAGCAGAACGCCCCAACACGGCCAGCGUGACCGACUUCCCCCGCCUUCGGGCGCGGGGCGGAACAGCCCUCGCAGGCCGCGCCCGUUGCUGGUGCCUGGGGCCAUCGCCGCUAAAAGAUUCGCACCUCUUCUCCAAUUCCAUUCAUCCUAUUCCUUCACCUUCAUAGAUAUUUUAUUGUUAAUUCGCGGUGUAGGAUCAAUGGAAUAACGCCCCGUCGAGUUGUACCGACGGAAAACGAGGUGUGGGAUCGGUAUUUGCCAAAAUUAAGGUACUAACCUUAGUUUGUAAGUCGUUUAGCGGAUUCGUCCUCUUCCCUCACUGUUUGCUGCAUUAAAUAGGCCUGGCGACGACACUGGAUCCUCGAUUCGGAACACUGAUUGAAAACACACAAACAAACUUCUUUUUUAUAUACUAGUCUUCCCGAGAUUGGGCGGACAUUCGGCCUACAACCGGCUCUAUGGUAGAGACGUUAUGAUAUUGUUUAGUUGUAAAUGUUCGGUCUACUUUUUAUACGACGAAAAUAAUUUAAGAUUAAUUUUAUUUUUCGCGCGCAAAAAAUUGUUUUACGGGUAUGGAUACGUUUGCGUAAUUUCGUUUUAAAUUCCUAUCAUAACAUCUCUGCAUUUACGAAUAAGGCAGUGUAUCGUGCCUUCCUAUUUCUUUUAUCAUGACCGUACUUUAUUUCACACUGUUGUUUAGCAAGAUGUCUUUAUUUUUCUGAAAGGUGUACCUAUUUGUUUUUAAUAAAUUAAACUUAAACAAAAAAUGACUGAGACCCGUGCCAAAACUGGGCAUGGACUUUAUUGUUAUAAAUUGGAUUUUUUUUGCUGUUGUUCUGUAUACAUGAGAUCAUAUUUUAUUAAUUAUAGAAUUGAUUAUAUACAUAAGCCUUGCGGUCGACUUGGUAGCCCAAGACUAACCUGAGGGAGAGAAUAAAAUAUAUAUAAAAAUUGUAA